UUUCCACUCUUCAAAACAACUCAGACGAGCAGAAGACGAAGAAGAACGAAGCGAAGCAGCUUCGGAAUUCCUCGCUGGAUUGAUAAGUUUUUUCUGCAAUGCACCGAGUGGGUAGUGCUGGGAACACAUCCAAUUCUACUCGCCCUCGUAAAGAGAAGAGAUUAACUUAUGUGUUGAGUGAUGCUGAUGACAGAAAGCAUUGCGCAGGCAUAAAUUGUUUGGCUGUAUUGAAGGCAUCAGAGGCUGGGUCUGAUUACCUAUUUACUGGAAGCCGCGAUGGAACACUAAAAAGAUGGGCUGUGGCAGAAGAUGCUGCUACCUGCUCAGCAACCUUCGAGUCUCAUGUGGAUUGGGUUAAUGAUGCUGUUCUUGCAGGGGAUAAUACACUUGUUUCCUGUUCUUCAGAUACCACCCUCAAGACGUGGGAUUGCUUGUCAGAUGGAACUUGUACCAGAACUCUUCGUCAGCAUUCUGACUACGUCACUUGUCUUGCUGCCGCAGAUAAAAAUAGCAAUAUUGUUGCCUCUGGUGGACUUGGAGGGGAGGUAUUCAUUUGGGAUCUCGAAGCAGCCCUUACUCCGGUCUCAAAGUCGGGUGAUUCUAUGGAAGAUGAUAGUUCAAAUGGCACCAAUGGGUCUGGAAAUGCACAACCGACUACAAGUUUACGUACUAUCAGCUCUAGCAACAGCAUUUCUAUGCACACAACUCCAGCACAUGGAUAUGUUCCAAUCUCUGCCAAAGGCCAUAAGGAAUCAGUUUAUGCAUUGGCAAUGAAUGAUAGUGGAUCACUUCUUGUCUCUGGUGGAACGGAGAAGGUCGUGCGUGUUUGGGACCCAAGAAGUGGCUCAAAGACUAUGAAACUAAGAGGGCAUACCGAUAAUAUCCGGGCUCUGCUUCUUGAUUCUACAGGCAGGUUUUGCUUAUCAGGAUCUUCUGAUUCAAUGAUUAGACUAUGGGAUCUUGGUCAGCAAAGAUGCGUACAUUCUUAUGCGGUGCACACAGACUCUGUUUGGGCACUUGCCAGUACGCCAACGUUUAGUCAUGUAUAUAGUGGUGGGAGAGACCUUUCUUUGUACCUGACAGACUUGGCCACAAGAGAGAGUCUUUUGCUUUGCACAGGAGAACACCCCAUUCUGCAGUUGGCUUUAGAUGAUGAUAGCAUAUGGGUUGCAACAACAGAUUCUUCAGUUAAUAGAUGGCCUGCUGAGGGGCGCAAUCCUCAGAAAAUUAUCCAAAGAGGCGGUGCUUUCUUGGCCGGAAAUUUGUCAUUCUCAAGAGCAAGGGUGUCCUUAGAAGGAUCUACCCUAGUCCCUGUUUAUAAAGAGCCAGUCUUUACAAUUCCUGGAACUCCUGGAAUAGUUCAACAUGAAAUAUUAAAUAAUAGACGUCAUGUCUUGACAAAGGAUACUGCUUCCUCAGUGAAGCUGUGGGAGAUUACUAGAGGUGUUAUUAUUGAGGAUUUCGGAAAGGUGUCUUUUGAGGAGAAAAAGGAAGAGCUUUUUGAGACUGUAAGCAUUCCUGCAUGGUUCACUGUGGAUACCAGGCUUGGAAGUUUAUCUGUACAUAUGGAUACCCCACAAUGCUUUUCAGCAGAGAUGUACUCUGCAGACCUUAAUAUUGUAGGAAAGCCUGAAGAUGACAAGGUUAAUCUAGCACGAGAAACUCUUAAAGGGCUCUUGGCUCAUUGGUUGGGGAAAAGAAAGCAAAGAUCAGGAACACAAGCCUCAACGAACGGGGAUGUGUCAUUGGGAAAGGAAAUUACUCCUAGGAGUAUUACCCAAUCAAGACUUGAGGUGGAUAGUAAUACCGAAAAUGAUUCAAUGGUCUAUCCUCCCUUUGAAUUUUCUACAACAUCCCCACCUUCCAUCAUCACUGAGGGCUCUCAGGGAGGACCAUGGCGAAAGAAGAUCACUGACCUAGAUGGAACUGAAGAUGAGAAGGACUUUCCAUGGUGGGUUCUGGAUUGUGUGUUGAACAAUCGCCUACCUCCGAGAGAAAAUACCAAGUGCAGUUUCUAUCUACAUCCUUGUGAAGGUUCAACUGUUCAGAUCCUCACACAAGGAAAACUAAGUGCACCUCGUAUAUUACGAAUUCAUAAGGUGGUUAAUUAUGUAGUUGAAAAGAUGGUCCUGGACAAACCAUUAGAUAGUGCAAAUCCUGAUGCAACAUUUGCUCCUGGUCUUGCUGGAGGGCCACUGUCUGCCAUUGGAGAUGGAUCUUUUCGGUCUGGAAUGAAGCCAUGGAAGCUUAAACCUUCUAUAGAGAUAUUGUGCAACAAUCAGGUCUUAUCGCCAGAAAUGAGCUUAGCCACAGUGCGGGCUUAUGUAUGGAAGAAAUCCGAGGACCUGGUUCUAAAUUAUAGGGUGGUUCAGGGCAGGUGACUCUGCACAGAUUUUGUGAAGGUCAUAGUUUAUUUUGAUACUGGGACAUUGAUUCUUCUGGUACACUAGUGGUAAUCAGAACACUUGUAAAGUUUGGUAGCCAAUUGAUUACCAUAACCAUGCAUCCUACAACUUGCUGAGAAGGCUCUGGUUAGCA